GCCUCAACGCUUGCUGCACGACGCGGCAACGUCGCGUCUGCCGCGCCGCGCCCCUUCGACCGCGGCGUCAGUUGCCGCGACCACGCCGCGCGAUAGACAUGGCCUCUAAAACCCAAAUGUCUGACAGUGAUACUAUGAAAUUAAUUAAAGAAAUUAAGAAACAUGGUUGUAUUUGGAAUCCUGACGAUGAUAACUACGGCGACAGACCCGAGCUAGCGGUGGCGUGGGCGGACGUCGCGAAGACGCUGAAACUGCCAGAAGACAUCAUCCGCGUAAAAUGGAAGAAUCUCCGCGAUUUCUUUAAGAAAGAAGUAAAGAAGAACGACAUUAAUUCCAAAGACGAUUACGUUGGAAGAUGGCGGUACUUCAAAAGCCUGUGCUACCUGCUACGACCAGAGGAAGAGGGAGAGGAACAAUCAGAUAGCGAGCAAGAAGAGAAAGAGAUAGAUUAUGAAACUAAAUACGACCCAGACUCAAAUCUUGAAGUGUAUUUAGAAGAAGACCCGCUUCCUGAGAAACGCUUCAAAACGGAUUAUGAAGACUAUGAUUUGAUGUUCCUGAUGUCGCUGACGCCGUUUUUGAGGCAACUUGAACCUUCUAGGAAUUUGGCGGUCAGGAGCAGGAUGCAAGAUAUGUUGCAGAAUGAGAUAGCUGCGCAGAAUGAGAAAAGGAAUAAGUUAUAGCGAAGGAAAAGUGUCAGCGCGGAUGGAGACUUGUGUAAAGUCAAACGCGAAUAUGAAAGUUAGAAUUUUCUUAUUAGUUAAACAAUCAAUAUAAAUGAAAUCGAGGCUUGUGGUCUCAUUUAGACAGUGGCAGUUAAAGGUUACAUAAACAUUUAACUGUGCAAAUUGGUGAUCGAUUCGAUUUAUAAAGAAGUCAAGGCAGUAGAAGUUCGCGUUUUGCAGUCUGCAGUAUUUAAAGGGUUUCCUUCUCAAGAUUAGUGACAUUUUAAGACAAGAAUAAGUUGUGAUUUCAUUUUAGUGACUGCAACAGUAUGGAACUGAAACUUUUCUUUCUAACGAGUAGUCAUAUAGAUACUGGUUAAGGUAUCAGUACAGUUAAAACAAGUAUAAUGGUCCAUAAUUACUCGAAUAUCUUCGAUUAGGUGUAAUUAUGACUCAGCUCUGGAGCAAAAUAUUUUAUAAAUGGGAGAAUAAACCCAUAUAGAACCAAAAAUAACAUUGGUACAACACAACUUAAAACAGGACAAAAAAAAUGGAUCAUAGUUGCAGUAUUGGUCUAUAUAUAGUAAGGUAGUUAUGUAGUUAACAACAUUCUGAAAUUGUUCAAAAUCUACCAGCCC